AUGGUUUCCAUCGACCAUGUCGCUAGCAAAAUACUGACUUACAUCCCAUAUGUUCUUGUUUUGAUUGAUAUGAGAUAUGAAGGAGUGAAAUGUGGCAGGGACGGGAGUGUGGACAAUCAUAUGGAGAUGGGGAAGAAACUGCUCGCUGCUGGCCAGCUAGCCGAUGCCCUCUCUCAUUUCCAUGCUGCUGUGGAUGGAGAUCCCAAGAACUACAUGGCCUACUACAGGAGAGCUACAGUAUUUUUGGCAAUGGGGAAGUCAAAGUCUGCACUGCCAGAUUUGAGCAAAGUUAUUGAACUAAAACCAGACUUCACAUCUGCACGCCUUCAGAGAGGAAAUCUCCUUCUGAAGCAGGGGAGACUAGAUGAAGCAGAGAGUGACUUUAAGAAAGUGCUGAAGUCCAACCCUAGCGACAAAGAGGAGAGGGAAGCCCAGAGUCUGCUGACAAAGUCGGAUGAAAUUCAGCGGCUGGUGGCUCAGGCACGCAGCAGCUUCGACAGCCAGGAUUAUGUGACAGCUGCUGUCCAGCUUGACACUGUCAUUGAGACUUGCGUUUGGGACGUGACCUCUCGUGAGAUUCGAGCAGAGUGUUUUAUUCAAAUGGGAGAGAUGGGAAAGGCCAUCAGUGACCUCAAAGCUGCAUCCAAGUUAAAGAGUGACAAUACCCAGGCUUUCUACAAACUCAGCACCAUCUACUAUAAUCUUGGAGACCAUGAGAUGUCCCUCACUGAGGUGCGUGAGUGCCUGAAGCUUGAUCCUGAUCACAAACAGUGUUACAGCCAUUACAAGCAGGUCAAGAAGCUCAACAAACAGAUCCAGUCUGCAGAGGAACUCAUCCAAGAGCAGAGGUAUGAAGACGCAGUGAGCAAAUAUGAGGCAGUGAUGAAGACCGAGCCCAACGUGCGCCAUUUCUCUCUCCUUGCCAAGGAGCGUAUGUGCCAUGCGCUGGCACAGGGCCAGCAGGCUAACAGAGCUAUCUCAGUGUGUGGCGAAGUCCUCCAGUCGGACCCGGAGAACGUUAACGUGCUGAAAGACAGAGCUGAGGCCUAUGUCCAAGAGGAAGAGUAUGAGGAAGCUAUUAAGGACUAUGAGACUGCUGCGAAACACAGCGAGAAUGACCGUCAGAUAAAAGAAGGUCUGGAGAAAGCUCAACGACUUCUCAAACAGUCUCAGAAGAGGGAUUAUUAUAAGAUCCUGGGAGUGAAGAGAACUGCCCAGAAAAAGGAGAUUAUCAAAGCCUACAGGAAACUGGCACAACAGUGGCAUCCGGACAACUUCCAGGAUCCGGAGGAAAAGAAGAGGGCUGAGAAGAAGUUCAUAGACAUCGCUCAGGCUAAAGAGGUUCUCACUGACCCAGAGAUGAGAACCAAGUUCGACCAAGGAGAGGACCCCAUGGAUCCGGAGAGCCAGCGGGGUCAUCAUCAUCAUCAGCACUUCCAUGGAGGCUACCAGGGCUUCCAGGGUUUCAAUCCGUUUGGCUCUGGACCCUUUAACUUUAAAUUCAACUUUAACUAAGGAAACUCAUAUCCAGCCCAGCUGGAGCGGAUUUUCCUCCCUAUUUAAAAGGGAGAUCGCUGGCAUAAGGAAUGUCAGAAAUGUCACAAGUCUCACAAAAUGUGGAGCAAAUUGUGACUUGAAUUCAGUGACCUUAAAUUAAAUAUGCAUCUUUGUUGUUGAAUAAUACAACUUUGAAUUUCAUUUGGGGAAGGUAUGUUGCUAUGCUAACAAAUAUGUCCCAUGUGUGAAGCAGCUUUUAUCUUUAAAGUGUUAAGUGGUUAAUUCUGACACUUGCAUCCUUUCCACACUUUACAAUUCACAUCCAUUCGUAAGAUUCAAUUUGUACAUAGGUACAGUACUAUUUUUAUAUGAAUGGAGUUUUUCUGAACUGUAAAUAAAGACCUAUUUAUGUACCUUAAAUUGAA